CUUCAUUCCUCAGCCACUCCUCUGUCAGCAACUGUCCUUCUGCUAGUUUGUCAAAGUUGUCAAAUACCUCAGUUUGUCUGAUGCAUCUGGAUUUUGACCUGCCUGAGUACCUUGCCUUUCUUUAUUUGUUUUCCUGUUGGACUGCCUUUCUGGUGUUGACCCUUGCCUGCCUUACUAUUCUGAUUACACCUGGGAUUCACCAAACUUUCACGAAGCUGUUAAAGGAUAUUAAGGCAGACCUGUUCUGAUGGAGCCAGCAAGUACCCAGGAGAGGAAUCUUACGAAGGAUGACAACAAUCCAAGUCAUGCUCCAGCACAGAGUGCUAAGAGAGGCCAGUGGGCCAACAAGAGGGAGUUCAUUUUGGCAUUAGGGGGGCAACUCGUGGGUCUGGGCAAUGUUUGGAGAUUUCCAUACCUAUGCUUCAAAAAUGGAGGAGGGGUUUUCUUGGUUCCUUAUGUUUUGAUCCUGUUCACCUGUGGAAUCCCCAUCUUCUUCCUGGAGGUAUCUCUGGGACAGUUAACUGGUCAGGGUGGAAUCACAUGCUGGAGGAAAAUAUGUCCUUUAUUUGAAGGUUUAGGCUACAGCAAUCAAAUGAUAAUGGUAUACAGUUCGAUGUAUUAUAUUGUCAUCCUGGCUUGGUCCUUCCGCUACCUCUUCUCUUCCUUCCACACUGUGCUCCCCUGGACCAGCUGUAACAACACCUGGAACACAGAGAACUGCACUGAUUAUGGUCAGAAUUACUCACUUAAUGGCCACAUCAAUGAAAAUGCGGCAUCUUCAGUUUCAGAAUUCUGGCAGAGAAGAGUCCUGUGUUUGUCUGGAGGAAUUGAGGAGUUGGGUAGUAUCCGCUGGGACCUGGCAGGUUGUCUUCUGCUAAGCUGGAUCAUCUGUUAUUUCUGUAUCUGGAAAGGAGUCAAGACGUCAGGAAAGGUUGUCUACUUCACCGCCACGUUUCCCUGUGUGAUGUUGAUUGUAUUGCUGGUCCGUGGGCUGACAUUGCCAGGAGCUGUAGAUGGAAUUCAAUUUUAUCUUUCUCCUGAUCUGACCCGUCUGACUGAUUCUCAGGUGUGGAUGGAAGCUGGGAGCCAGAUAUUAUUCUCAAAUGUUGUCUGCAUAGGCUGUUUGCCAGCUAUGGGAAGCUAUAACAAAUACAACAACAACUGCUACAGAGACACCUUUGCCUUGUGCACACUCAACAGUUUAACCAGCAUUGUUGCUGGCUUUGCAGUCUUCUCUGUCCUUGGCUUCAUGUCGUAUGAGUUGGGUGUCGACAUCUCAGCUGUGGCUGAAUCAGGUCCUGGCCUGGCAUUCAUUGCUUACCCUCGGGCAGUGGCCAUGAUGCCUUUACCGCAACUCUGGGCUGUCUUUUUCUUCAUGAUGAUAAUCUUUCUUGGACUUGACAGUCAGUUUGUGAGUCUGGAAGGCUUGGUGACAUCCAUAUCAGACAUGUAUCCAUCCUUCUUUCUCACUGGUCAUCGACGUAAACUACUCCUGCUGUUCCUCUGUGUUGUUUGCUUCUUUAUUGGCCUGAUUAUGGUGACCGAGGGAGGACUUUAUGUAUUUCUGCUGUUUGACUACUAUGCUUGCAGUGGAAUACCAAUCAUGUUUUUUGCCAUUUUGGAAACUGUUUGUGUGGGAUGGAUAUUUGGUGCUGAUCAUUAUUACAACAAAAUAAAGGACAUGAUUGGCUACUACCCCUCGUCUUACAUGAAGUAUUGUUGGAAGUUCUUCACACCAUCUAUCUGUGCUGUAAUGUUGCUUUUGUCUCUGGUGAAGUUCACUCCUCUGAAAUACAACAACACCUACCAGUACCCCUGGUGGGGCUAUGCCAUCGGGAUAGUUCUUGCUCUCUCUUCAGUUCUCCUGACUCCUCUGUGUUUUCUCCACUUCUUGGCAGUAACCCGAGGAACAGUGAGGCAGAGACUGAAAACUUUAUGCACUCCAGCAGCUGACCUGUGUAAUGGAUCCCCAAAGAAGACUCUUCACCCUGAAACACCUCUAUCCAGUACAGAGCUGUGCGCUUUAACUGAAAAACCAUAAAAUGUCAGGUUUGAAGACGCUACAGCAUGAAAGAUCAUUUUACAUCAUCGUUGAAAUCCUACCUCACUGCCGACUCCAAGCAAAAUGAUCAUGAUGAAGAAGGAUGAAGCCCACAGCUGAGGAACAGGCAUCAAGGCUGUGGCACCAGGAUAUGCAAUGAAAGCCAGACCUGGACCUGCAAUUGAUCAAAUCAUAUCCUAAUAUGCAGAAUGCUCUGGUUUAAUAUGUGCACAAAAGAGGCUGUGCAGCUUAUUGCUGGGAAUUUAUGCGUUAGUUUUGUUAUAUUUGUACAGCAAACCACAUUUUUCCACCAUUCAGCCAAAUUCUGUGACUGUUUAAUGUCUACGGGAAAAUUCUUAAAAAAAUAAAAACAAAUUAAAUCAAGAUACAGUCCAAAAAAUUGACUUUUGCAUGAAUUCAGAAAUAUAACACCUGAGUAUAAAUACCUGAGUCAGCCACUACAGAAAUAUCCACAUGCAGCUUUUUUGCCAUAAAGCCAAGAACAGAGAACACUGCAAAGCCAGACACAAGGCUGGUUCCACUGUUCAACAGACACAGGAACAAAGCGUCUCUGAAAACACAAGGAUAGCCAAUGGAUUAAAAGCCAUGGAAGCAACACAUGCUACAUAUUGCAGAUAUGAGGCAAAUAAUGAAAAGGGUAUGUUGUCCGUACUUGUAGCAGUUGUUCUUAUACUUGUUGUAGCUUCCUAAAACUUGCAAACAUCCUGCACAAAGGGAAUAUGAGCCAAAAAUCUGGCUGCCAGCAUCCAUCCACACCUAAAAUACCCACAAAAUAAUCAUGAAUAAUUAUAAAGCUGAUAUGUUUAUUAUUUCUCAGUUUAUCUAUAUUGUUUUUGUGUUUUUUGUCCUCAGUGUUGCUCAUCUGUGUCACAGAGCAACAGAAGGUU